AUGGCUUCUGAAAAAGCCGGCAUGGUUUCUCACCAGAAAAUCCAUAACCCGCAGUCGCAGCUCGUGUUUUCAAAAGCCUUUGCGUGUGUCUCCCAGCCACCGCACUGCCACACUGGCUCUUCCGCCUGUGAUCCCGUCGCUAAAUCUGUCACCCGUGAGCUCACCACCAGCUUCCUCGAUCGCCCCCACUUCUUUCAGUCUCACUCCCAGCCGCCUCCUCCCCAAGAUUCUUCCUCGUUCCGCCACCAAUGGCAUGCCGGCAAUGCGUCGGAGGAUGAUGAACUCGGCGGCAAUGAUGGCGAUGAUGAGGACGAGGGGGAGGAAGGAGAAGUGGGAAACGAUUUGGGUAAUAUUGCCGACGGUGCUAAAAUCAGUGACGGCCAUGGAAAAGAAAGACACAGCGGACAACUGAAACUCAUUUCGUCAUUAGGUUUUAAAGAUGGGAACAUGACGCAUAGUGGAAAUGAAAGCAACAGUGGAAAUAACGAAAGUGGAGAAGCAAGGAAAACGAGCAGUGGUGAACUUUAUUACUCACAGUAUUUGAACAAUGGAGUCGAGGGCCCCAGUUCGUCAUCCGGGCAAAAGGGUGUUGCGAUGAUGGAGAAUGACUGUGGGUACAUUGGCAGCAAGGAAAGCUCAUACAAUAGUGAAUGGGGUGCGGAGUCCUUGAGGGCCAUCUUUUCAGACCCUAUAACAGGAAUACUUAUGGAAGAUGCAAUGAUAUUGCCCUGUGGUCAUUCCUACGGUACCAGUGGCAUACAGCAAAUCAUUGGAAUGAAAGCUUGCUAUUUGUGCUCGCAAUCUGUGUCCGAGGAUUCAAUUGCUCCAAACCUAUCUCUACGCAUAGCGGUCCAGGCAUUCAAGAGGGAAGAAGAGUUGCAACCUAACCAUAACUCAAAAAAGAGGAGGGACAGAUAUGAUCAUGGGACAUUUGCUGAUCCGACGCUCACAGAUCAGGCAAGGGGGAAAGGAGUUCAGUUUCCAUUUAUGGUUACAGAUCAUGUUAUCAUAAAGGGAAACAAGAGAACACCUCCUCGUUUCGUUGGGCGCGAGGCCAUUGUCACCACUCAGUGCUUGAAUGGAUGGUACGUGGUAAAGACAUUGGACAAUGCAGAAAGCGUGAAGUUGCAAUAUCGCUCGUUGGAGAAAGUUCCACAAAACCCAUCCGCUUCAAAGCCAUCCCCCGUCAAGACGACACCGAAUUGGCUGUGA